AUGAACCGCGACCCGCCCGCAGAAGCUCCGCCAGCAUACGGCAUGCAGAGGUUCAUCGGCAGGAGGGCGUCGAGGAGCAACUUGCGGCCCGUCGUCAUCAUUGUGGCCUGCUUCUCAGCGAUUUGGGGUAUCAUCGUCGCUGCGACCUAUUUGCGGCGCAGGAACGACGCAGGCACGCCCUCCAAGCUUGCACUCAUCUACAUUGUCCUCGCCAUCCUCUAUUUCGUCGCCGCGGGCAUCGAGAUCUUCGGAAUCCUUGCGGCCUGGAAAUCGUCGAUCCGCUUCGCACGCACCUACUUCUGGGGCUCGGCAGUCGUCGCCCUCAUCGUCACCGGCGCCGAAUUGAUCAGGACCGUCGUGCACUUCACGGAGAAGUCGUCCAUCAUCGACACUUGCAAGCAGUCGUACGCGAAUGACAUCUCGAACGGCGGCUUGUCGUCGAGCGAUGUGGCGACCUACUGCAAGGACAGCUGGAACAACAUGACCUACUUCGACAUCGCAUUGCUCAUCUUUUCAAUCCUCCUCUCCUUAUUCUUCGCCUCGCUCGCCGCCUCCUUCCUCUACCAGCUCCAGAACCCUCAAACCCUCCGCACGCACGCCGUCAACGCAGCCAAUUCGGCACAGUACGCCUACCCGCUGCAGCCUUACUCGGGAGGCAUGCAGCCGCCCUACCCAGCUUCGGCGAUGCCGUACGGUGGACCCGCCCCUCCGCUCUACACCGGCGGCGCGGACGCGACUCAUCUCCCCUCAUACGACAACCCGUACGGCAUUCAUCCGAGUGACGAGAAGCUCGGCUCGGACGCCGGACCGUACGCCCCUCCGCCUGGUCCGCCUCCGCAAGCGCAGAACCCGUUUGCAGACCAGGUCGAGCAUGCGCCGCCAGUCAGGAGGGACGGCGAGAGUGCCGAGUCGUUCGAGCAGAAGCAGCACGAGUACGACCAGCGGAUGAGGGCGGGAGAGUCGACUGAGACGGUCACUCUCGAGCCGAGGAGGUCGUGA